CCGGACUGCUAACACUGAACUAGUAUUUGGAACCCACCACGCACGUUGCUUAAUACGACGUAUCACCAUGAUUGGUGACAGGCCUCUAAUAAGGCCUUCAACACCUCAACCCUUCAAAGUCAAAGUUAAUUACCCCAAUCUUAAUAGCUAAUGGUACUUUGGAUUAGCGAUACCACAAGACUACGCUAGUUAAUGCCGUCUAUAUACCAAAUAAAUUUUUAUCUUGAAUCCAAUUGGGCGGAUUGAAGGGAACUGAUUGCUAGAGAAUAAAGCGGAUUGCCAGUUGCUCGUGAAAAUGGUUCCCAUAGUUACAUCGUCGCAAUGGAAAGGCUGCUUGGCAGCCUCAGCCGUCAUAAUUGGAGGUUACGUCGCCUGGAAGAUGUUAAAACCAGAUUCCAGAAAUGUGAAACUUUUGAGUGCCCGUGAGCUACAAAAGGCUAAGUGGCAGCAUGUUGGUAAAGUCAAGAAGGUUUGGCUGUAUCCCGUGACGUCGUGUGCACCUCUAGAUUUGUACGCUGCCCUGGCAGCUGUACGAGCUGGAUUGGAAGAACUGACAUCUUCUCUUCGGGACAGGAGCUACGCGGUUGUGAACGAUUCGCCCAAGUACUCGGUGGUGACAGGGCGCAUGUGCCCUCAAAUGGUGUUCAUCAAGCCUUCCCUUGAUGAGAAUGGUGACCUCACUCUCAGCUAUUCUGGCAGGGACCCGCUGUGCAUCACCAAAGCUAGCAGGCAGCAAGGCCCGAUCAAGAUAUCAGAGAUUGAGGGACGUACAGUCGAAGGUGUAGAUUGUGGUGAUGAAGCAGCUGCGUGGCUCCAGUCAGUGCUCCAGAGACCUGUUCGUCUCCUGCACUUCAAUGAAGAUGUCAACAAAUCCACACGCGUCCCCAACCCUCCUACUCCUGUGACGUUGCCUCUACUACAGCCUGGGGACUCGGACUCCAAUGCAGAUCUCACAGGAUAUAGUCUACUCUCGAUGGCAUCUGUAGAGCAGCUACAGGGUCCAGGGAAAAGCUACGCUGCACUUCGCUUCCGCCCCAACAUCUUGGUUGACAGUGAUGACAAAGCUUCUUGUGGCAAGCUACGUCCCCACCAGGAAGAUGAGUGGCGCUACAUAAAAAUUGGUGAAAUGGCCAUCUUCCGCAAUGUGAAACCCUGCACCAGAUGCACAUUCGUCUGCGUUGAUCCCGACACAGGGAAGAAAGACCCAAAUCUCGAGCCUCUGAAAACAUUGCAACGGACGCGCAUGCGUAAGCCUUGGUCCGAGCCGCUGUUUGCCAUCAUGAUGAGCCUACAGACGAGAGGCGUCGUCAGAGAGGAGGAUCCUGUCUACGUAUUAUAUUAAUUAUUAUUAUUAUAUUAAUCAUCAUUACAGCAUCACACAAUCUACGUAUCACUCCGACUCGAAACUUACUUUGAUUUGAUUUUCUAUAGGUAAUAAUUUUACCCUGCCUUCGCGCUAUAUUAAUAAUUAUUUCAACGAGAACCAAGUACCUUAACUCUGAACGCCUAAAUUACACAAAAAGAAUUAUAUACGGUAUUUGUGAAAAUUUAGCGUUUCUACAAUGAUUUUGAUAGCGUUGUCUAUUUCUUCAGCUGAUCAUGGAGCUGGCCAAAAAAAAAAAGUUCUGGACGAAGAUGUGGUUGGUGAAUUUGCUCGACGUUGUCUUUGAUUUUAAAUUAUUAGUGAACUUGCGUUAUAAAUUAGUUGAACUCAUUUGCUUCUAGGGGCACAGAAAAAUUAAGUCGCCGUUCUCGGGAAUGUGCCAGGACGAAGAUGAUUUUGAAUGGUAAAUAUUGGUACUUUGACACUUUAUAUAUUAAUUUGAAUGUAAUAGAUUAAUGUGAUAUUGUACAUAUCUCUCAAGUUUCUAUUUUUAUAUCUUAGCUACGUAUACUAGUAGUUAUAUCUGUUCAUUAAAUUCAUAUUACAACAUUUAUUCACUUGUAUACGUCCUCACAGAUUACGUAUUAUACCUAUAGCUAUGAUUUUAUUCCUAGGAAAUACUAGGUUAUGACGUAAACAAAUAAUUGCUUUAUUUGCGAUGUUAUUAUCUAGACAAUUUGUGUAUGAAUUAAAAAAAUUUAAAAUGAUAAUGGAUUCGUUGAACUAUAUUCAAAUUUAUAAAACGCAUACCUAUGCGUAAACCGAGGCAUAUAAAUCAAAUAUUGAAUAUUUUUCAGCGCUAAUGCCUAAAUUACAUCAAUAUCGACAUCGUAAUUUGAAAUGAAUUGUUACUGUUAAGGAAACUUCAGACAUCAAUAUUAAUUAAUAUUUUUUACAGUCUU